AUGAACAACCACAAAUACAUGGAUGCUUUCGACCACGACGUGGUUAAACGCAAGGCGGAUUUCCUUCACAAAGUGGCUCAAGUGCGGGGUUUGAUGCAGGAGCUCAAGCAUGACGCUGUCGUGCUGAGUCUUUCCGCCAACUUUGCUUGGAUCACAAGUGGGGCUCGCAGUUACGUCUUCAUGGCCACAGAAGGUGGAGCAGGCUCAAUCUACGUAGACUCCACGCAAGUGGCAGUGCUGACGAAUGAGAUCGAAGGUCACAAGUUAAUCAACGAAGAGAUGCGAGGUCUAGAAGACGAAGUUACACUCGUGCAAGAUCCGUGGUAUGCUCAACGCAGCCACACAGACAUGGCCAAGGAGCUCUCAAAGAGCGACAGCAUCGCUGUCGACGUCACCAACUCUGAACUAUCUGGUCGUCUGGCAGAACUACGCUCUACAUUGACAGAGUACGAGCUGGAAGUCUUCCGUGCUCUUGGCAAAGACUGCGGUGAGAUCAUUGGACAAGUGGCUCGUGCUGUACGUCCCACUAUGAGUGAAUGGGAGAUAGCUGGACAACUAUCGACCAACAUGUGGGCACGAGGGAUCACUCCAGUUGUGAUGCUGGUAGCUGCAGACGAACGUAUUGACACUAUCCGUCACCCUUUACCAACCAAGAAACGUGUGAAGAACAAGGCGAUGCUCGUGAUCUGCGGGCAACGUGCUGGUUUGAUCGCCUCCACUACGCGUCUUAUGUAUAUCACAACGACUCCGAACGCUAGUAUCCCGGACGACCUAGUGCGUCGCCAUGAAGCUGCUACCUACGUUGACGCAGUACUCAUCGCUAACACACGCCAUACCGGAGUCAAGGCUGGAGAUAUGCUCAAGUUGGCGCAAGAUGCGUACGCUGAGAAAGGAUUCGAUGGUGAAUGGAAAUUCCACCAUCAAGGUGGCUGUGCUGCCUACAAAAGUCGUGAAUGGGUAGCCAACCCGUCGAUCAAUCGAGUUACGGGCUUGAACCAGGCGUACGCUUGGAAUCCCUCAAUAGCGGGCACCAAAUCUGAAGACACGGUGCUCUGCUACAAGAACAAAGAGGGUGAAGUGGUCGUAGAAGUCACCACAUCUUCGCCGGAUUGGCCGAUGAUUGAACAUACUAUAGGAGACUUGACAAUCGCUCGUCCGAAGAUUCUACACCUGCAGUUUUAA